AUGUCCAAGGGCGUCGCAUCUCGUCGCUCUGGCGAGCACCGUCGAACAGCUCUCACCUCCGGCCAUGUCUUGACGGCGUUGCUGAUGGUGGGCGCUACCCUUCCGACGUCUGAUGCUCGUCCACUCACCACCAAAAGCCUGACACCUCAAGAGAUCUAUAGCCAAGCGAUUCCUCAGCCCGGAGCGUGGUACUUGUCUCAAAGCUCACUUCAAGCAGCCUCAUCCUCCUCUGCCGCAGCCCUGGCUGCAGCCACGAAUGCUCCUGCGGUCACUGUUUCUCCUGUCGACGCAGCUGUAGCAGCGCCCACGACAGCGAGCGCGCUUUUGCCAGGGCAAAUUUACUCGGCUGCGAUUCCCGGCCCUGGCGCCUGGUACCUCUCUCAACUCGCGUCCAUAUCCUCUGCUUCACUCGCUGCCGCAUCCACACCUGCGCCGGCUGCGGCUGCCGUCAGCACCGCCGCUCCUGUCGCAGCGCCCCUGCCAAUGGAGUCCGCCGUUUCGAGCGUUCAAGGCCCCUCUGAACAAGCACAAUGGGAAGCAGCCGCCGGGAUUGAAGCCCAACGCAAGAUGUUUGCUAGCAUUCUUGGUGUGGGCGCACAACAGCGAAGAGAUCUUGAUCCGGUCGCCGUGGCAACCGAGCAGUCCGGCGCGGAGCCAAGUACUGCCGUCGAUGCAGGUGUCCCAGCUACCGACAGCUCCUCUGGAGCUUCCAGCGUCGCCCCAACCACGAGCAGCGCUUCGACUGUCCCUGAUGCAGCUCUUGCUACUCCAGAGGAGGACACGUCGGACCAAGCUGACCCUCCCACGGCGUCUGCCUCUCCAAGCGAUGCAAGCGAAAGUGCAGCGGUGCCAGCAGCGACAGACUCGGCGAAUGCUAGCAUUGCAGAGCCCAAGGCUCCAACUCAAGAUGCCGAGGACGCAAGUGUGGUCUCCGACAUAGAUAGCAUGUCUGCUGUGUCCGUCGCUGCCAGCAGCACGCCCGACGCGCCGGCAUCAAGUGUUGCAGCUCCAACGUCGGCCGCUCUGGCUGCGAGCCAGGAUAGCGUACCCACCUUGUUGCCUGCGGUCUCAAACGCUGCAUCGGCUCCAUUAGACGCUGUUGCGACGUCUUCCACUCCUGCUUCUGUCUCUGCAGCAGUCAGUCAGACCGCCUCAGCAGCAGCAGGUGCAACCUCGUCAGCUUCAGCAGCCUCUUUGCUUGCUUCCUCUUCGGAACUGCCUUCAAGCUCAUCCCCAGUCAGCUCCUCAGUCUUGGCGUCGAGCUCUGCUGCAGCUCCUACCUCUAGCGCAACACUGCCGAGCAGCAGCAGCGCGAUUGUCGAAGCUGUCUCAUCCAGCUCCACUGUCUCAGCAAGCAACCAGUCAAACUCUAUCGUUACCAGUGCGGGAUCCGCCAGUGCCAACAACGCUAGUCGCAGUGCCGUCGCACAGUCUGAAGAGACAGUGACUGUGACGGUCACCGUCGACGAAUCCGCAGCAUCAAGCCCUACUGCGACGCAAUCGCGCGUGCAGAUUGCUGAUGACGAUGACAACGCAACGAUCAGCGGCUCUUACAGCUUUACCGUCACGGUCACCAACACCGCGAACGCAAAAAUUUCACCAAUUUCGUUCAUUCCAACCUCAACCGCUGCUACACCAACAGCCACUAUCACUCAGAACCCCCAGCGCUCGGCCGAGCCUUUCAACACCGUCGACAUGGUCUUGUCCACUGUAUCUGCACCAAGCAGCAGCUCACAGCCCACGAACAGCGGCAAAGCCCUCGCAGCCAGCGAGACAGACGUGCCAGGUGCUGAGUGGAAGACCAUCGUUGUCUUGAUGCCUGGAGAAGAAGACACAGCCGCAUCUGCUGCAUCUCCCAGCGCCACGGAUCGGGCAUCAGCUCUCCAGAUGCCCGGUGAGCGACGCUCGAGCGCCGAGUCUGGCGCUGAGAUGACGGCUCGCAUCGCGGCGCAGGCUUACACUCAGCUGAAAGCCGCCGCUUCAUCAGCGAGUGCAGCAGCUUUUGGUGACAAUGACUUUCCAACUGUAGCCGCCGUUUCUUCGUCGGCCAAGCCGAGUCAGACUAGCGAUAUCAGCACUGAAGUGCGUAAGCUAGCUGCGGCAACCGACGAUCUCGGAGCUGGCCACCCUCCCCUCAUUUCUGCCAGCUCUACCUCCGCCAAGGCUACUUCCACGGCUGCCAACAAGACAUCCACCAGCGCUUCUUCCGGACCUACUCCUGCGCCGACUAACGACGCUUCAAAGGAUGACGAGGACUGCGAUGAGGACGAUGACGACGACGAGGACGACGACAAUGAAAGUGUCACUUCGUUCAUCAAGACAUCUCUGCAAGCCGCGCCGACCACAUCUGUGCCCGUAAAGAGCACCGCUACCACUUUCGUUGCCAGCGCCAAGCCGACCAGUACAGCCUCUGCGCCCACGUCCACCAAGGCCUCGGCUUCGACCACAGGAGGCAACAAGAGCUCCGCCGCUGCUUCGCCCACAUCUACCAGCACCGCUCCAAACACCACGCCCGCUACUCCCAGCACCUGGGGAGCUUGGGUUGACAAUCUCUUGACCAAGAUGGGUCUCAGCAACCUGUUUGGUGGAACUUUCACCUUCACACCUACUGCUUCUCGCCGUGACGUCGCAGCAGCGGAGGAGGAUCACAUCCUGCCGCCUCUCCUGCGCACCAAAGCAGCUCGCAGCGUGCGUGGCUGGUCGCGCGACGUCUGA